GCCACCUAAGUGACCUAACCAUAUAUAAACUGAAUUAAGUAGUGUUCCACAACCAUGCAUAUUAAUAUUACAGCAAACAAAAGUCAUGUGAUUACUCUAAAAUACCACUUUAUUUAUUGAAUCCAUAAAUAUACUGAACUUCUCAUAUCCCUAAAUGGCUGAUGAGUUGCCUAAGGAGAAGACGUUGGCGGCAACGCCGACGUGGGCGGUGGCCGCCUUCUUCUUCGUGAUCGUUGCUAUCUCCAUCGUUAUCGAACAAAUCCUUCAUCAUGCCGAAUUGUGGUUGAAGAAAAAGAGGAAGGUAGCGUUACAUGAAGCUCUAGGGAAGAUUAAAGCCGAGCUUAUGCUGUUAGGGUUCAUAUCGUUGCUGCUGACGAUGACGCAGGAGACUGCUCUUUUAGAUAUUUGCGUUCCGAAAAGUGUUGGGGAUUCUUGGCACCCUUGUAAAGAGGAUGUAUAUAGUAAAAAGAAAUAUCAUGAUCCAUGUCUUGAAAAGGGCAAGGUGCAACUUGUUUCAGCAUACGGAAUUCACCAGCUCCAUAUCUUCAUCUUUGUAUUGGCAUUUUUUCAUGUAGUCUAUUGUGUUGUCACUUACAUCUUGGGAAAACUAAAGAUGAGGAAAUGGAAAGCAUGGGAGGAUGAAACACAGACAAAUGAAUAUAAAUUUUAUCACGAUCCAGAGAGAUUCAGAUUUGCGAGGGAGACUUCAUUUGGACGCAGACAUUUGCAAUUUUGGAGCCGCUCAUCUCUUCUUCUAUGGAUUGUGUGUUUCUUCAGGCAAUUCUUCCCAUCAGUAGCAAAAGUGGAUUACUUAACACUUAGACAUGGCUUUGUAUCAGAACAUCUACCACCUCAAAUCGGGGCAACAUUCAACUUCCAAGUAUAUAUAAACAAAGCACUGGAAGAAGAUUUCAAAGUCAUUGUUGGAAUCAGCCCUGCAUUGUGGUUCUGUGCUGUUUUGUUCCUCCUGACCAACACCAAUGGCUGGUACUCUGAUUUUUGGCUGCCAUUCAUCCCUCUAAUUAUAGUACUUUUAGUGGGAGCAAAAUUGCAAGUGAUCAUCACAAAAAUGGGAACGAGGGUUCUUGACAGAGGAGAUGUGGUGAGGGGUAGUCCUCUAGUCCACCCCAACGAUGAUCUUUUCUGGUUUCGUCGUCCCAGCUUCAUCCUCUUCCUCAUUCACUUUGCUCUCUUUGAGAAUGCUUUUCAGCUUGCUUUCUUUGCUUGGAGUUGGCUUAAAUUUGGAUAUCCAUCUUGCUACCAUGAGCAUCUUGAAGAUAUGAUCAUACGAAUCGUGAUGGGUGUUGUGAUACAGGUGGUCUGCAGUUAUGUGACACUCCCUCUCUACGCCUUGGUUACUCAGAUGGGAUCAAACAUGAAGCCAGUCAUUUUUAGUGAUGACGUGGCAUUGGCGCUGCGCAGCUGGCAGGCCACAGCCAAGAAGCACGUGAAUGAAGGGCGGCCGUCAGCCAUCGCCACCACAUUCUCCAGCAGGGCUCCCUCGCCAAUGCGCACGUCGCCAGCCUAUCUGCGGCAUAGCCGGAAGAGGUCAUCGGGCUUGGACAGCGAAGGGCGGGGUGGUGAGAGGGCAUCAGCCUCCCCCAGCCGCCACUACAACAUUCAAGAUUUGAAUAAAAUAGAUGGGUUGUCUGAGAUAGCUAGGGAUGUGGAAAACCCUUCUCCUACAGAAGUUAACUCUACUUCAACUGAAUUCUCUUUUCCAACAAAGGAUUGACAAACACCUUAUUGUAAUUACAUGAUCCAUGUUGCAAAUAAGAAAAGAGCAGAGUAUUAAUAAA